AUGCCCUGUGGUCAAACUGUAUGCCAUAUUUGUGUCUUGGAAGUCCAAACAAAUAAUAAUCAAAUACCAGUAACUAAACCUAUCUACUCUUUUUAGUCAAACCAUGCAUCUAAUCUCCCUCAUAAUAUGAAUAAUCAAUUUUAUGAUGGAAAUCAAAGCAAUAAAUCACAAGGACCAUCUUACUUUUUAAAGAGCCCAGGUACAACUAAAUACAGUACUACAUAAAAAUCAAGUAGUAAUUAAGGAACAAACUUGAAUGAACACUUAGAUUAAUCAGAGAAGUUAACUGCAUCUGAUCAAAAUAAUAUAUCGGUAAAUUAAGAUGAGUAACACAAAGAAAGAGGUAAUGGGAGGUCAUAUUCUUAGUCCAUUUUAAACUAAUCACCUACUUUAAAUAACAGAUCUAGUCCUAGCAAGCAAAUCAUGAGUUAAAGAUAGGCUUCAAAAAUUGAAAAAUAACUAACUUAAUCUUCGAAAUUCUAUUGCAAGAUUCAUGCUGAAAGGUUUAUUGAGUAUUAUUGUUAACAAUGCCAUCAAUCAGUUUGUUCUCGAUGUAUGUUUGAAAAUCAUAAUGGUCACGAGCUUUCAUAAAUAGAUGAUGCUCUUAAAUUAAUGAGAUCAAAACUUCUUUCAUUUGAUGAAAAGCUAGUUGAAGUCAUCAAGGAAAACGAAGAGUCAAAAAAUAUAUUAGUAGAUUAUCAUAAAUAAGUAGAGUAAAUGCGUGAAAAAUAAUAAAAAUUGAUAGAUCAGAAGUUCAAAGAUCUUAUUCAGAAAAUUGAAGAAAGAAAGUAAUAAAUAAGUAGAGAAGUCUUGCACAAGUACGAAUCAGCAGUAUUUAAGGUUGCAGAUAAGUUGAAAAUGAUAGUUGAAUAAUUUCAUGAGCUCAAAGUAGCCAAGGAAUUUUAUGAAGAAAUAUUCAAUAAGCUGUAAGAUGAUAACUUUAUUAAAAAUGAUUGUUCCCCAGAUCAAGUAGAGUUCCUAAAUAGAGCCCCAGAAUAUGAUAGAUUUAUCUAUGAGAAUACUCUUAAGUUGAAAUCAAUUCUCAUUGCAUCCAAGAAUGCAAAGAUAGAAUACCAAGAGGGAACAUCAAUUGGUCUUAGACCAAUUGAACUUAAUCUAUAAAAUGCUAAUAACUUGAUUUAAGCAUUAGCAUUUGAUAGCUCUAAGAUUGGUGAUUAUAGUUUAAGCUAAAAUUUGUAGUAAUUGAAAUAGCUUCCUCCGAAAGAUAUAGUUCCAAAGGAUAGCUAUGCUGCAUCAAACGAGGAUACUUAGAUUUAAAAUUUUGCUACUACUAACUUACUAAUAAAUAAAAAUAUUGUAAAAGAUAGUUAAUUUGGAUCAAAAUUUGCUAAACUAAAGUUCCAAAGACAUGGAACUGAAACUUCUUAGGAACUUUAACUUAACUACGAAAACCUGCCAACCUAGGAGAAUCAGAAUAAUAUAAAUAUAAUAUCAAGUCGGCAGCAAAAAGAAAAUGAAUUGAAACAGAUUGAUAAAGAGACAGUAGAAGAAAUUCAAUCUUAAAAGAUCAAACUGUUAGAUAAUGCUAUAUAUUGCAUUGGAGAUACACGAUAUAUUCUAAUGUUUGAUUAUAAGAAUUCAAUCUGGUAAUAAAUUUAUUACGAUAGAGAAGGCUCUGAUUAUUAAGGUACUUUAAAAUUUACAAGCAUAUGUCAGCUUAAUUCUAAAAAACGAGAAUUUAUUAUGACUGGUGGAUGCAAUAAAGCAACAAAGGAGGCAUCAUCUUAAUGCUAUAGAUUUAGUAUUCCAAAUAUGAGAACUUUUAGAGAAGUAUAAAGACUGAAAUAGGCUAGGUAUGGACAUGCCUCAGUAUUUAUUAAUCAUUUAGUCUUAGUCUUAGGUGGUUUUAAUCAUAGAGAUGAUGAGGCUUAAGCACCUAAUACAUUAAACACAUGUGAAAAGUACAGUAUAAAAGAAAAUGAAUGGUCUCCUAUAGCACCUAUGUCAUAGGAGAGAGCAUAUUUUUCCGCAGUUCGAGUCAAAGAAGAGUUCAUUUAUGUAUUUGGUGGGUUUUAGAAUUAUGAGACAACAAAUACGAUAGAAUUCUAUAACAUAAUGUUAGAUAAAUGGACAUCUUUGACUAUAACAAUGCCAAUCAAACUUGCAAAGUAUGGUUUAGCUAAAAUAGAGGAAAAUCAAAUAGUCAUAGCUGGUGGCUUGCUUGUUGAUAAUUAAAGUACUAGAUCCUCAGGUGAAAAUACUAAUUACAGCUGUGUGAAUACAGCUUAUAAAUUUGAUUGUAAUACUUUGAAAUGGACUAAAUUAUCAAAACUUAACUUUAGACGCAGUAUGUAUAGUAAUAUGGCUGUAAAGGAAAAUUUGCAAAUUUUUGCAAUAGGAGGUACAAUUGAUGGAAUCAAUGAAGUCUAUGACAUAAGGAAAAAGAAGUGGAAUACUUGCUAAAGUUAUACAAGUAUAGUCGGACAGAAUGACCUUCAAACCUACGCCAUAUGUAGUUUAUGUAAAUUUGGUGAAGAUUGA